AAAAGGUUAAAAGCAUACUUGUUAUGUUUUUAAGUACUUAUUAUCACAGAAAAGUUUUAUGAAAUUGUAGUCGUCUACAAUAAUUACAAUAAUUCAUUGUUUCAAAUUAUGGUGGCCUUAAGCCCCUUUGUGUAUUGGGCUCAAAACGAAAGUAAUCUCUUUUUGAAAGUCGACUUAAAAGAUGUAAAGGAACCAGAAAUUAUUUUAAAUAACAGACGAUUGCAAUUCCAUUCACAAGGGCGAGGAGCUCAAGGUUUGAAUGACUAUGAAUUUGUUAUUGAUUUUCAUUCAAAGUUAGAUCAUCAUAUGAAGAAUAUAACAAUAACUGAUUAUAAGGUAGAUUUAACUCUAUUCAAAGCAGACAAAGGCUGGUGGCCGAGAUUGACUUCGAAACCUACGAAGCCAGCUUGGUUAAAAAUCGACUUUGAUAAAUGGCAGAGUGAAGAUGAUCUUAUCGAUGAAGAAACUAAGGACAUUCGGGAAGACUAUCCCGAUAUAUAUCAGCAGCUACAAAAAGACGAGCUGGGUUUUAGAAAGGAAGACUUCAAGAAGGUGUACCUCACCUUUUACAAUUUAUUUAUGUACAUAUGUUUUAUGUACAUAUCGACAGUGAUGUGCAUCCGCUACGUCAAAGACGGAUCUGACUUUUUCCCGCACGUCUACGACACCGUAGGGCCUGUGAUAUGUUUCGCGCAACUGAUGCAAUGCCUGGAAAUCCUUCAUCCCGUGUUCGGGUACGUCAAAGGAGGCGUAGUGAUGCCGUGGUUGCAGAUCCAAGGAAGGUUGUUCGUUCUGUUGGUCAAUUUGGAUCAGGAGAGACGGAUUCAGCUCAUGCCUGUUACUUUCUAUCUGUUUUUGACGUGGAGUGCCAUAGAAAUAAUUAGGUAUCCAUACUACAUGUCUCAAUUAUACAAAAAAGAAAAUAAAAUCCUGACGUGGGUGCGCUACACUGCCUGGAUAGUCCUCUACCCAAUAGGCUUUAGUUGCGAAAGUAUCAUCCUCUUCAGAAAUUUGAUUUUCAUGGAACAAAGUGGCAGAUGGUCGCUGUCCAUGCCUAACGCUUUCAAUUUCACAUUCCACUACGCGACAUUCCUCAGGCUCUAUUUACUCUUAGGUGUGAUCCCAGCUAUGUACUUCUUGAUGAAACACAUGCAUAAAGCCAGGCAGCAAAAGCUGGGUCUUAGAAGCGGAAAGCUUAAACGUACGUAGGUUUAAGAUAAACUGUAAAUAUUUAUCAAUUUUGAUAAUAUGUUCAAUAAAUUCUCUACUAAUUACU